CAGCCCAAGCGGGAAGUGCAGCUGUGCACACGCUCGGACUUUCCCUUUGCAGCUGGCCAGUUCCGUAUGCACUCGCCUGGAGCCAUGACACGGCUCUGCCCUGCUGCUCCAGCCCUGCUGCUGUGCUCCCUUGCUGCGCUGCUCCAAAUGUCUCAGUCGCUGGAUCAUGUGCCGAUGCUGCUUUGGUCAACUCAGAGAUCACAGUGGAAUCCAGACACUGCUGUGCAUGAAGGACAAGUUGUCUCAGCACAGGAGCUGACAGAACUCUUGCAACCUCUUUUUACCCAGAACUCCAGAAACCUCGUCUUGUUCCUGCAAGAUAGGCUUAGCAUAGAUGAUUUCACAUACUUCAGUGAAUCCUAUGGCAACAAGAAUCCGUUUCAAAAUGUUCAGGAAAUUCUUCAGUCUUCUCCUUCAUCUUUAGUUUUGCCAGCUGUUGAAUGCAAGGCUACCAGGUAUCUCCUAAGUGUUCUUCAAGAAUCAGGAGAUUGGAAGUUAACAAAUGUAACUAAUCUCAAUAUCUCUCAGCUGGAAGUGAAUGCAUCUAACCCAAACUUACUGGUGGUUCAGCUGCAACCACUUUCCAGUGAUUUAAAAGAGAUUUCCACCCUAGAAGCAAUUGCUGAAAAUGACAAAAUCAUUGGAAGAGUGACCAUGGAUCUGCAGGAACGAGGGAUUAAUUUUUCAGUGAUUUAUACUGCAGUGAGACCUUCAAGGAUUUCUAGAAGAACUGAUGUGGUGGCAGGUUUAAGACGACAGUUAAUGGCUGCUGAAGAAAAAGACAGUUUAUCAUAUCCUCCUCUGAAUGUGACCACUGGAAAUAAUACAUGCAUCCUUUUUUAUGCUAGUAAUUUCAGCCUCAAAGCCAAUGGUUCCGUUUUAAUGGAUUUGACAAAUGCAACAUUUUUAACACAGAAUGUGGAUAUUUCUGCCUCUGAGUGCUCAGACAGCAACACAACACUGUCAUUAAAAUACACAAAACCAGUGAAUGGAAUCAGCAGCCUAGAGAUAAGGUUUUUAAUGACCAACAAAUUCUAUGGCGUCUCGGCUAGAAAAUGGUCCACUUUAAAUUCAGUUGAGAUUGUACAAGAUGGAGAAAAGUUUGCUAAAUAUAAUGUUUCUGGCAUCUCUGCCCCUGCAGAGUAUUCAUUUCAUUGUCAGCUGGUGGGAACAAGCAAUCUCUAUCCUGCAAGGCUGGUUCCAUCCAACGAUGAGGCAAAAAAUUGGGAUGUUUUCAUUUCCGAGUUGCAAAUUCAAGGCUUCAACAUUAUAAACAACCAGUUUUCCUAUGCAAGUGACUGUACAGGUUUCUUCACUCCUGGAAUUUGGAUGGGCUUGGUGACAUCUAUAAUUUUGGUGUGGAUCCUGACCUAUGGAAUCCAUAUGAUCAUGCAGCUCACAACAAACAACAGAUUUGAUGAUCCCAAAGGUCCAGCUCUAUCAGUACCCCAGACAGAAUAGCUAUGGUUUGAUUUAAUGCCACUGUCUUUUCCCAGUCUGAUGUUUAAGAUUUUUAUAACCUUUUUCUUCAUAUGUUUAACUUAAAAAGAUAUCAUAGAGAACCAGAUAAUUAAACUACAUAUGGAAAUUGAAACAAUAGGCUUGGCAACAAUAAUAAUUCUACCUGUUAUUACGAUAAUUUGUUAACAGUUUUGUGUUAAGGUUCUGAAGUGAGAUUGUAGAGGUUAUUGCUCUCUCUGGCUAUUAGAAAGAACAUUAGAAACUUCCUUCUCAUUAACUUUUAUUGGCCAAGAAAACAUACCAAAACAUAGAUAAUUGGGAAGGAUAAAGUAUUUGAUGAGAAACUAUAUACUGAAAAUACUGGUCUCUCUAAAGGCUUUUUAGAGUCAUCAUGAUGCUAUGUCUUAAGAAAUUUUAACUGUGUUUUGAAGUUUUUUCUCUUGAACAUCCAGAAAUGUACAGAACUAAUAAAGUAUAAGUCACUAAUUAAA